AUGGCCGAACUGAAGCCCAGCAUCGACGUCACCGGCGUGAACAUCUUCUGGAUAGCUUUUUGCUGCUCCUGGUCGGUGAUUCUGAUAGUCGGCAUGGGUUUCCUCUGGACUCGCCGCAACAUGCCGUUGGUCAAGGUCCGGGGCAUAGGUCUGUCAUUCGCAGCCAUUGCGUGCCUUCACACAUAUUGGAUAGCAGUUGAAAUUGCCACGACCGUGACGAACUUUCCUGCCCAGGCCCAAUACUGGAUAAUGGGGCUCUACUUACCAAUCGGUAUCGCCUUGUUUCACGCCUCAAACAGUCGUUUUCUUCACGUGGCGAAACAACAGAGGAAAUUCGUCCGCGGGGACGUCGGAAAUGCCCAUGUUUCUUUCAAGACAAUAAACCUGGGAUGCUUUAAUGUCCGAACAACCCACACAACAAAACUACUCAGCCUGGUUGGAAUCGGUAUAUGCGUCCAGAUACUGCUCACAACUAUCAUGUGGCUUCUGUCUCGAAAGUUCCACCCAUCUUUUGGUGUUCCCGGUACCGAAGUUUCGGGAGACCCAUGGGAGGUCAAUCAAAAACAAGCUACAGGCUGGGAAUGGUGGCCGUCGCUCGUCUGGCAAUUCUUCUGGUCGUGGAUCGUGGCACCAAUUGUCCUGUGGAGAGCAAGAAACAUUCAUGAUACCCUUGGUUGGAGGACGCAGACCAUUGCUUGCUGCCUUGCGAGUCUACCUGCCACGCCGAUGUGGCUUAUCGCACUUUAUGUUCCGUCAAUGGCAGAAGUCAACGCCCGCUGGUUCCCUCCACAAUGGAUCGCAAUCUCCAUCAUGCUCUUGGAGAUCUUCACCGUCUUCGUCCCGUGCUGGCAGGCCCUCAAGCACCAAUCACUGCAACAGGAGACUCUCGACAUGAUCUCGGCUUGGGAAUCCAAAUACGUUGCUGAAGACCCUUCGUCUGGCACGAGCUCAUCAGGGGCUACGGUAUCGGCGUCCCUGCUGACUAUGGGCGCGUUGGAACAACUACUAAACGACAAUCCGGAACCUCUCCGAUGCUUCUCAGCCCUGAAAGACUUUUCCGGCGAAAAUGUGGCCUUUCUAGUAGCUGUUUCUGCGUGGAAGAAAGGCUACCCUGAAAACCCGACCGAGGAGGCGAGGAGGGAAGCGUUCACCAGGGCACUACACAUUUAUACGGAUUUCAUCAGCCCGCGAACAGAGUUCCCGGUCAAUCUGUCUUUUCACGAUAUCAAGGACGUCGAAGCAGUCUUCAGCGGAGCCGUCAAAACAUUAUAUGGCGCUGAAGAGCCGGUUCUCAACCCAAUACCACAGUUCGGAUCACAGAACUGGCUGAAGCAGUGGGGCGAGGUACCUGAAGGCUUCGACGGAACUAUCUUCGAUCGGGCAGAGAAAAGCGUCAAAUAUCUGGUCCUCACGAACACCUGGCCAAAGUUCUUGCAAGACAGGAGCAUCUCAGGUGUCAGUGUCAGAGCCAAACCCUUCAAAGCUACGUGCAUUAGCAGGGAGGCGCUGACAAGUGUGUGA